AUGAGUGUGAGAGCAAGAUAUGGUGCUUUUUACUUCAUCACAGUUAUAGAUAACCAUACACGCUUCGGUCAUGUUUAUCUGAUCUUCCAUAGGUCUGAAGCAUUGAAUUGUUUUAGACGUUAUAUUUAUAAGGUUGAAAAUCAGUUAGAUAUGAAAAUUAAAAUCUUAAGGACUGAUCGAGGCCAUGAGUAUUUAUCUGAACAAUUUAAGGAAUUGUGUGAUGAAAACCUGACAGAUAGAAGUUUGACUGAGAUUGAGUUACGAGAUGUUGAAUUCCUCGAGGAGGAUUUUUCUUAUAGAAGUGAGGUUCGAAAUAAAAUUGAGUUCCAUGAGAUGGAUGAUUCUGAUAUUGGUGCUUCUAUUCGUUCAGUUGAGACAGAGGAGGCGACUUCGAUACCUCCUAGGGAUAGUGGGAGCGACUUACCUUUAGAAAAGGAGCCUCAACUUUGUAGGAGCACACAUAUGGGCGUUCCCCAUCGUCGUUUUGAAAUUGAGGGGAAAGUUUUCAUGGUUGCUGCACAUAAUGAUGAUGAGCUUAUGUCUUUCCAAGAGGCUCUCUCAUCACCUACUCAUAAGGAACGGUUGGAUGCAAUGGUAGAGGAAAUAGAAUCAAUGAAGUCAAAUCAUGUCUGGAACUUGGUUGACUUGCCACCAGGGCGCAAAACAAUCGGGAAUAAAUAG